AUGCAUGUAUGUGCCCUUGCUAUUGGCCUAGGUCAUGCACUCACUUCUCAAAGUAGUUUCAACCAAUUUCUCGUGUGUUUCGCUAUUCAUAGUAUCGGCAGUAGGCCGGAAAAUCCAAGAAAACAGAUAUUGUUUAUUUGGUCAUUUUUCGGCUGCCUACCGCCUAAAGUCAGAACUACCCGCUCUGAGACGGCCAGAUGAUCAGUGUGCCUUCAUUCUUGUGUGAUCAAACAUCUCACCCACUCGUUCAGCUUCAUCACACAUGUGCGAAUGAGCAUCGGUUGAUUGCGGGUGUUUUGUUGGUCUACAGAUUGCUGGGAAGGGCGCAACUAGGCCUGGAACUGCUUUCAUACCAGUCUCCAAUUUGCACGACGGGGAGCGCGAACAGUCGAUAAACAAGCCCCGGCGACUGCAUCCAUCCGGUGUGGGGCGCAGACGAGGACUGUUUUUUCCGACACUUGGCCAAUCAGCGUACGGCGACGUGACUCCUCAUUGGCGGCGGUUGACGCGCGUACUUCCGACAGAAAAAAACCUGCCUGACAUUGCAGCAGCAGCAGCAGCAGCAGCAGCAGCAGCAGCAGCAGCAGCAGCAGCAGCAGCAGCAGCAGCAGCAGCAGCAGCAGCAGCAGCAGCAGCAGCAGCAGCAGCAGCAGCAGCAGCAGCAGCAGCAGCAGCAGCAGCAGCAGCAGCAGCAGCAACAGCCGGAUGCACGUCGCCAUAACUACCAUACGGUUAUUCUGCUCAGUGAAGAAGUUUGCUGGGUUCUUGCCGAGAAAGACAACAAAGUUAACAGCCUGCGCACAGAAGCGAGCUCUCGUUUGUCUUGCGCCGGUACUGUGACAACUGCUGGUUUCGCGGCACAUGGCAGGUGCACGGGAGAUUAUCCAUUAAUAAAGGGCACUGUACCCCGACGCGAAAUCGGCAAAUCGAUUGACUGA